UUGCCGGUCAACCGGCCCGGCUGUUGCAGCGAACAGGGAGUGGCAAGAAUUCGGCGACUACUUGCUGCAACACGAAAUCGAUCCUUUUGGGUCAAAGCACGGGAUCCGCCAUUUACAAAAGGUCUUACGCCUGUUGGCCUUCGAUGCGAAUUUCCGCAGUAUUGCGUUCUGGCCUUCGCUGUCGCUGCAAAUCGGUCAUAUCUACGACCCGGAUUUUGUACCGUCUGCUGAAGAGCUAGCAGUUGAGGGAGGUGUCUCCUUAUCAAGGGGCGGCGCCAGCGUCAGCAAAAUUGGGGAAGAUGAACAAGACGGCGUAGACGAGAAUGAGGAUGAUGAGGACGAACAGGUGAUCGAAAACGUCGAGGGGGCGUGUUCUUCCAACCACGGCGAAGCAGAAGGAGAAAUAAAAAACGUCACCGUUGUUGAUGAAGAGGCUCAAUCAAGAAGGUCCACGACCGGCUGCGUUUCACCCUCGCCCACCACGAGAAAGACAAACGAAAUCAUAGCGAAAAAGGAUGGAACCGGAAGUCAGCAAGACCUUCUAGAUUACCAUGGACCGUGCAUUAUAUCGCGUAAGGGCCAACAAGAUGCGCGGGGCGCCAGAACGACGAGCCACUCAGCUACAUGCUUGUCGCUCGAGGAUGUGCUAAUUUUCUGCGAAUGCUUUGCCGCGGUGGGUCACCAGUGCAAGUACGCCUUCACCGCUCUUGUAAAGCAGGGACUCGCGAGGCUGCGGGCGGAGCUCCCAAUCACUUCAGCGGAGUUUGGGAGCGAUUAUGGAGCCACGUUGCGGGCUGCUUCGCAACUGCAACUGUCGUCAGGUUGUGGAGACGGUGAAGCAGUCCUCAAGAUGAACGAAUGCGAAUGGGAAGCGCAGGAACGUGCAGCGGGAAUAAUGACAUCCGAGGAAAUCGACGCUUUGCCUACGCGUUUGCAGCGUCGUGCCGCGGAAGUAAAAAAUGUGCAGAUAAGACGGCAACUCGAAGUUCAGAGAACCGUCCCGCUGAAGGCUAUGGAAAAUUACAAAUUGAUGUCGCGCCUCCUUCGUUGCUUUGGAAAUUCGAAUAUACUGAACAAUCGCCUCUUUGAAGAGGUUGCUGAGUUUAUACUCACCUGGCGCGACCCACGCCCCUUUCAUCGCAAAGAAUUUGUGCUUAUGCUCAUGCACGUUAUGGGCCAGAUUGGCUACACCAAUCCUCGGCUUCUCGAACACCUGGGUAAAAAGUAUUGGAACACGGCUGCUGACCUGGAAGAGUGCGGGAAGAGUAGAGUAGAACUGGGGAGGACAUCAACUUCUGCCUUCUCUGUGAAUAUCGAUGAAGAAAAAAGUCUUCAUCACGUUGGCGGUAAGAAAUGGAGAGAAACAAAGAAUGAUGAGCAUGAGGCCACGACUGGUGCUGGUGGCAGUUCGUCCUCGGCGGGAGCACGAGUAUUUGGAGCAACGGCCGCUGCGUCAACAUUUUCAUCGGGUCUUACACGCGCCGAAAAGAGGAGUAACCAGGCCCGUGCCUGGAAGCACUCGGUGCUGUUCGCAGAUUGCUAUACAGACCGUACAGAGCUUUCGAGACGCGCUGAAUCUUGGAAAAGCCUUUCGGGAAAAGAAAUAUGUACCGUCAUACGGACAUACGGUUAAGGCUCGAUAAAAAAUACUAGUCAAUUCCCGUUCUUUCUACGUACCUAUUUACAUCAUAAUUAUCUAUGAUGUGAAUUCUACUCCGUUUGUUCCUUUUCGAAAUCAUUCUGAGAAUACGUCGGAGAUAGAACUAGAAUAUGAGAAACGGCGUGCGCUCUAAUACGGGCGGCUGGGGUUCCGCCACGACUCGCUGCUGAGGCUUGUAGUGAAGGACAUCUUGGCUGAUGAUGAUAAACGUGUCAUCGGUCGGGCACUUGCGACGGGAGAUAUGGACAACAUUGCUGCAACCAAGUACGACUGUGCCGACGUCGCUACAGUCUGCGAAGCCAUGCUCACAACCAAGAGAGACAGGGGCAACACGGAAUGGUACUAGUUGUAUCGCGUUAUUUUGCGAUAGCCUCAUGCUCAUCAGUGAUUGGGGGCAAUUCAAGUGUUGUCUCAUUUUAUAUAAGAAGGUCGCUCCUGGAUAAGACACUGGCAAAUCAGUUUGCGUUGAUUCAUUUGUAAUACAGAGUGUGCACUACAUCAAACCGGACAUCUUUUAGGUGGAGAACGAAAGAGGACUUUGCAAAUUUGCUGCAGAGUUUGCAGGUCCGUUUGGGCGAUGAGAUGCGCAAACUACGGCUUGCAGAUAUUGCAACGGCAGCCUGGGUCCUCGGAAAGGCGAAGGUGGAUCGAGAGGACCUGGCUCUGUCGCUGUGGAAGCUAAUGGUCGAGGACCGACUCCUCCGCGAGGGGGAACACCCAACCGAGGGAAGUGAGCAAGCAAGCGCGCCGCGUCUGUUGAGCAGUUCCGAAGAUGAAGAACAACCACUAGCACUAGCAGAUGCCACGAGAAGAGAGCAAAUCGAAGAUGAACAAGGUUCGAUGGAUCAGGACUCAAUAAAGGAAGAAAGUAGUUGCCUCCUCGAGGUCGAGGCAGGCUCUAAUUGUUCGCAUCCCAGCAAGGUCAACGUCGAUGAAGCGGCUGUGAUGACUAUAGCAGAGCGACAAAGCCAAGAAGAUCUCAAAAAUGCACCCCCACGAGAAGAAGGAGCUUUAACCUGCACUACCACAAGUAUAAGCAAGAACACAUCUGCUAGGACGACCGAGACCAUGACGAGCCAGAACACCGCGUUUUUCACUUCAGAGGAGAAGGAAGAUGGGUAUGUUUUUCCGGAGAUUCGCAUAGCGGAUUUUGAGGAAAGUUUCUUGCUGGGAAAGCACGAUUCUGAGACAGCAAAGCUCGAUGAAAAGGACCCUAGUACUAGAAUUAGAGGUGGUACAACUGGGCGAGUAAGUGCACCGCAUGAUGAUUCUUCAACUAGUAAUAGUAGUAGUACGCAUUCCUUAUCCUCAAGCAAAAGCAAUCAAAGUGACGUAUCUUCAACAACUGAAACUUCCUUUACCCAUGAGAGAUGUCUGAUGGAAGAGAACUUCAACCCGCAGUACCUAACGCGCUUUUUAGAAGGACUGGUUUACAUGUGUCCGACACACAAGCGCAAAAGUUCUCUCGAGUCAAGGAUGGUUAUGGCAUAUUUUUAGUACUUGGUUUCGGUUUGGAUUUGGUAUUUUAUGCAGAUGGGCGUCUAAUAUUCAUUUAUUCAUUGGGUACUUAUUUAGUUUUGCAUCGUUUACGUUUUGUUUCGUAAUCCUCGUAUUCGUCCGGUGCGGGGUGUUCUUAGUAGAUACAUAGCGGCGGAUUGAUUCCUCUUAGAAGCAAGCUGAACAGGAGAACAGAGGGGAUCAUAAAAAUAUCACGAUGUCACUACUGAGAUCAGGUUCAGCACAAUUAAUAACUCGCUCUAACAUCGGAAAGCUGACUCCAUGGAUUUGUGCGAACGUAUGGCUUUUCAGUUUGAGCGAGCUAGUGCUCACAAAUCGGUAUCUUGCCGACCUAGGAUAUUCGGAGCCUGGGUAUUACGAGGUCUUCAUCCCGUUUCUCUCGCAAAGGGUGCAUGCGAUGACACGAGAGGACGUUCGCAACACGGUGGACUGCUUCAACAAGCUAAGGUUUACAGACGACAUGCUGGGCGGACGGCAGUUCUUUUAUCGUCUUGGGAAACAGUGGCAAACCCUCUACGCGAAAAGCAUGCAGGAGAAAGCGAUCGCCAAAAAAAGAAGCCUCAACAAGCGUGGAGAGGUCGUUCAAAGGCACGGCUGAAGGCAAAAUUGAUUCUGAUUGCAAUUAUUCUUCAAUUUUACGGCUCCUUCUUGUUUUUCUCUACUUCUAGGAUGAAUUCUUCGAUUGGAUUUGGAAUGAACUUCUGCAUCUGCUUCAACUUUUUCGUUGAUUUUAUUAGACUUUGUUAUUAUUUCUUCUACCACUACCUCCAGCCGCAGUGUGUGUGUGUGUGUGUGUGUGUGUGUGUGUGUGUGUGUGUGUGUUUUGUACACCCAGCGACCCACAUCCAAUGAAAUCUUUGGUUUGACGCCAAUUUGUAGAAUCAUGAUGCACGACACAAAUGAAGGAACG